UUCCUAAUUGGCUCACAGUUGCGUUUGUACGUCGCGUUGUUCGAAAGAUAAUGGGUUUAUUUUCCGGUAAAUGUUAUUCAAAUGUUCGAUUGGAUGGUAAAACUGCCGUAAUUACUGGUUCCAAUACGGGAAUCGGUAAAGAGACCGUCCAGGAUUUUUUCAAACGAGGUUGUAAAGUGAUUAUGGCUUGCCGAAAUCUGGAGAAAGCCCAAAAGGCAGCAACCGACAUAAAAACGAAUUGCGGCGAAAGCGAAAAUUUCGGAGAAAUUUUGGUGACGGAACUGGAUUUGGGUAGUCUGAAAUCCGUUAGAAAGUGCGCUAAACACAUUUUGGAAACGGAACAAAGAAUCGACUUGCUCGUCAAUAAUGCCGGCGUUAUGAUGUGCCCCGAAAGCAGGACCGAGGAGGGAUACGAAAUGCAAUUCGGGACGAAUCAUCUGGGACACUUUUUGUUGACCAUGUUACUGUUGCCGAAAAUAAUUAAAAGCGCGCCGGCUCGAAUCGUCAACGUAUCAUCGUUAGCUCACGAGAUGGGCUCAGUUGAUUUUAAAGAUAUAAACUGGGAAAAAAAGAGGUACAGCUCUUUGGGAGCCUAUCAACAAAGCAAAUUGGCUAACGUUGUUUUUACUGUUGAAUUGGCUAGACGAUUGGAAGCCGCCAAUAUACAAAACGUUAAAACAUAUUCCUUACAUCCAGGAGUUAUUGCAACGGAAUUAGGCCGACAUUUAGGUGCCACCUAUUUCAGUUUUGUGCUUUGGGCUUGGCGUAAUAUCGCGACGUACUUCAUAAAAACCCCCGAGCAAGGUGCGCAGACGACAAUCUACUGCGCAGUAGAUGAGGCAUGCGCAAACGAAUCUGGACUUUAUUACAGCGAUUGCGCUACCAAAAACGCCGCAAAACAAGCUUUAAAAGAAGAGACGGGCAAGCAAUUAUGGCAAGUUAGCUUGAAAAUGGUAGAUUUGCCUGAAGAUUUUGAUCCAUUUAAGUAAUAUCUAUUUGUUAAACUUUAUAUUUAUUAAUAAUUAUACUAUUUAUAUCUUUA